UUGUCUAAUGGUCAAUGACAAUGGGCCAAGGGCUAGGCUUUCUCACCUCCUUGCAAUAGGCCUAGCCUAGAGUACAGAUAUCUAUGUCUAGUCACGAGACUGACACCAAAGAUACUACACCCUAGGCUACGAUCGUAGGAUGUACUAUCUUUGCUGACACUUUGUUGACUUAUAUAUAUAUAUGACUUUGUUUAUCUUUGUCUGCACUUAGACUGAUAAUUAUGUUUAUAAUGUUGUUUUAUGCUUUUCAGCUCUUUGUAAAUCAGGUCGAUAAGUUUUUAGACUCAAUAAUAAUAAUAUAAUAAUACUAGCCUAUAGACUAGGCUACAUGUAGGCUAAUCACUACCUGCAUCGCAAGUGGAAUGACGGCGAGAGAUUAAUUCCUUGCACAGAAUUCUACACUUAAGUGUAGAAUUCUGUGAUUCCUUGCUAAUUUAUCCACGAGACAGAAUCCCAAUUUUUAAAAGGCCCCGGCUGGCAACACUGACUUGGCUAGGCCCUAGGCUAGGCUAGGAGGCAAAGACUGGUGCUACUUUCGGUUUCCUUUCAAGCCGACUAGCCGAAUCUGGCCUUGCGCCCCACAAUGAGAAGGUGAAGAGAGGACUUCGUCAAUCGCUGUUCCCAAUUAGUUUCAAGUGGUUGCUCGUUAUGGAAUUCCUCUUUGUAGCAACCCCGACAAGGUGUUCAACGGUAAAUCCUGCUUGACUGACCAGUGUUUAGACCCACUGCAUUCUAGGUGGUCUGCAAAUACACAGUACAUUUUUUAAAUGGCGGAAAAGGAAGACUUCUCGUAUGAGAAAAUCAGUGAUCCAUACUACUUCGAGAGUGACCAUGUCGCCUUGAAAGAGAACAGUGACUACAGGCACCUCCUCCACACUAUUGCACUUCUGGAAGCUCAACGAAAACAGACUGCUCAAGACAUCGAAACCUUGUACAGAUCACAAGAUGAGGCUUUGGCUGAUCCACUACACUUUGUAGAAAGGCUUCAGAAAGGAGAGAACUUUGGUUAUCCCUUACCCCAGAAAAUUGCUGAGCUUCCAGUGGUUGCAUGGGAAAAAUAUACCAGUACUGCCAAUUUUUCAUAUUUUGCCUCUUCAAAACAUAAGACCAGGAAUAAGAAAGGUCAACUGGAGAGUGGAAGUGUUGAUCAAGUGCAAAGUUUAAAGUCCAAAUUGCUUCAAGGCGUUGUACCUCAAGCUGCUGCUGCUGCUGCUUCUCCCUCAACAUCAAGUAACAGUUCAGAUCUUGUUGUUGUUCGUGGCAGAGCAAAAGACAGUUCCAAACCUGCAACAUUUAAUCAAUUAUGGACAGAGGAGGAACAGCAGAGGCUUGAGAGUUUGCUCGUUCAGUUUCCUCCUGAAGAAGUUGAGUCAAGACGCUGGGCUAAAAUUGCUGAUGCCCUUGGAAAUCGAACACCAAUUCAGGUUGCAAGUCGGGUACAGAAAUACUUCCUGAGGCUAGCAAGAGAGGGUUUGCCAGUACCUGGGAGAAUGCCCAAUCUAACAUCUCAUUCUAAGAAGGGGUCUCAUCGCCACCAUCGGUACAGUCGAAUGUAUUACAGCAGCUCCACAUUCCUGCAGUCCCAUGUGCCCCCUGUGUGGAUGCCUGACGAUGGAACAGACAUGGAAACUGGCAGUGGACGGGUGGUCUAUAAUGGGGAUGAAUUUCCUUCUUUCGAAAUGUCAAAGAGUACAAAUGAUUCCUCAGAUGAAGACGACUAUCCAGAAGAUAUUGUGAACAGUCCAGAAUUUCAAGAGUUGCAACAGUUACGAAGGCUGAGGAAAGACAAGUUACAGCGAGAACAGGCAGCCCUUACUAGACAUGUGGGAUAUAAGUGUGACAACUGUGGCUGUGAACCUAUAGUUGGAAUACGAUGGCACUGUAUUGACUGUCCUGCUGAUGUAUCUUACGACUUCUGUGACGACUGCAGCAUUGUACCUUUCCAACAUGAAAAGCAUGAUUCAAGUCAUCGUCUCCAGCCAUACAAGCGAGAUGUUUUAGAUUCAGACUACAUGAGCUUUACUAAGUCAAAUUACAAUUAUCUCGAUUCAAAUUAUAUGCCCGCUAGUUGACAACACAGGUCUUUUUAUAGGUACGAAUACUUCUUGGAUUUUUUUUCUUUUGCAUUUAUGAAAUGUAUAUAUAUAAUUUUGUUACGGCCAGUUUAAGGCUCAUGCAAAAAUAAAUUCAUAUGAUUGAGUCGUA